AACAAGCCAAGUGGAAAUAGUCCAAUCUAAUGUGGUCUUUGAUAUAAGCAGUCUCAUGCUAUAUGGAACUCAGGCAGUUCCUGUCCGCCUCAAAAUUCUCCUAGACCGUCUUUUCAGCGUCCUGAAGCAAGAAGAGGUAAUACACAUCCUCCACGCUCUAGAUUGGACACUUCAGGACUACAUACGGGGAUAUGUUUUACAGGAUGCUUCAGGAAAGGUCCUGGAUCACUGGAGUAUCAUGACCAGCGAAGAAGAGCUGGCUACCUUGCAGCAAUUUCUGCGUUUUGGGGAAACAAAGUCCAUUGUGGAGCUGAUGGCAAUUCAGGAGAAAGAAGGGCAAUCCAUUACUGUCCCCACAACCACAGCCAAUAUGGAUAUUAGAGCAUUUAUCGAAAGCUGCAAUCAGAGAAACUCUAAUCUUCCUGCGUCUUUAGACAAAAUACACCCCAUCCACAUCCAUCACUUUGAAAAUGUUGUCAAUAACAUGGCAUUUAUGCUGCCAUUUCAGUUUUAUAGCCCUGUUCCUCCACCUUUGAUUGGUUCACUCCCAGAGAGGCUCUUGAUGGAGUCCUCUCAAGACCACAGUGCUGACUUGAAGCAAGAUGACUUUGUGCAGUUUGCUGAAAACAGUUUCUUAGCUUCCAACCCAUCAUUUCAACCUGAAAAGGAGAAGGGGACAAUCAGCCCAGACCUCACUCUGAAACCAGAAGAGGAUGUUUCACCAAGUGGUUUGAAAACUCAGACAAUGUCCUCCAAGCUGGAAACAAGCCAGGUAUCUCAAGAAAGUAAAAUGAAGUCAGUUGACAAAAAUGGGGCUGGAACAAGGAAAGGACGUGUUUUCUGUACAGCCUGUGAAAAGACAUUUUAUGAUAAGGGCACUCUGAAGAUCCAUUACAAUGCUGUGCAUCUGAAAAUCAAACAUAAAUGCACCAUUGAAGGUUGCAACAUGGUGUUCAGCUCUUUACGGAGCCGAAACCGUCACAGUGCCAAUCCCAACCCAAGACUUCACAUGCCCAUGAACCGAAACAACCGAGAUAAAGAUCUCAGAAACGGGUUGCCCAUCCGAGGCCUGGAGGAGAACAAAAGGACUGAUUUGACCCUUUUACCUCCUGAUCACAGAUCAAUUCCUAUCUAUGGGAGUUCUUGUACUGAUUCAAAAGUACAAUCAAGUUUUCACCAUAGCGGACAAAAUGGUGUUCUCUUUCCCAAUUUGAAGACGGUGCAACCAGUCCUUCCAUUCUACCGCAGCCCGGUCACCCCAGCUGAACUUGCAAAUACACCAGGUACGCUUCCUUCUCUACCUCUGGUUUCCUCAUCAGUACCUGAGCCACAGGUAUCCAGUGAGUUGCCCUUUGAUCCAUUGCCUAAGAAAAAAUCCCGUAAGUCUAGCAUGCCCAUCAAGAUAGAGAAAGAAGCCGUUGACCCAACUAGCCCAACUAAUGAAGUUGCCAGUUCAGAAGAUGAUGUGACUUCAAAGGCGGUAAGUGAAGGGCCUGCGGAGAUGGGGGUGUCUAGGAUAGAAAAAAAUACGAAUCAUCUAAUGGAAAAGCAAUCUCACUCAGAGGCAUUGUGGACAUCCAUUUCCAAGGUUGGAGGGCCCAAAACUUUUCAGUCUGUUGAGACAAAUAGCAAGUGUGCUGAAAUGGACAAACUGCAUUGCCCUGAGAAAACAAAAAAGCCAGAGCAAAACCAAUCAGUAAGAAUAGCCUCUUGUGAAAAUGCAUACGAAGCGCCUAACCAACACCAUGAUGUGAUCAAAGCAGCAACUGAGCCAUACAGCUACCUUAGAGAGCAGUUGAAUUACAGGAUCCCAAUGACCGACUGGCCUGAACUGCAUUACCACUUGUUGAGUGGAAGCAGUUUCAGCACACUGUCCAACCGGAGCAUGGCCAUUCCUGGGUUUGAAGCAUGUAAAGAUACGGAUCAUGGCAAUCCCCAGGCCCUAGAGCUUCCACAGGAAGACACACGCUUUCACUGUGACAUCUGCCUGAAGACCUUUAAAAACCCUUACAGUGUAAAAAUGCAUUUUAAAAAUGUGCAUCUAAAAGAAAUGCAUACUUGCAUUGUGGAGGGUUGCAAUGCUGCGUUUCCCUCACGUAGAAGCCGAGACAGACACAGCUCCAAUUUAAACCUUCACCAUAAGCUUUUAACAAAAGAUCCUUUGGACAUCAACAAGAACCAUUUCAACGCAAUUGAUCUCUUGAAGGAUAUGGCCAAAGAAGCUUGCCCAGAAGUCUGUUUGAAAGGGCAUAUUGAGCAACAAACGUCUGUCAUUUUCAAAGGCACAAACAGAACUGGCAGCUUAGUUUUCCCCAUGAGCAAGAUUGCAGAACCCUGUCCUGAGGACUGUAGGUAUGACCCAAAUGAGGGAGCAAUUCUGGAUUUAAGCACCACAUCUAGCAUUAAGUCAGAGAGUGGGACUCACUCCUCCUGGGAUUCUGAUGGAGGCAAUGAAGAAAGUCCAGGAGUUUUGGAGGACAGCAAUGAAAGCUGUGAAAGUACUUGUUUGACGCCCAAUGAAGAACUUUACCAAGACUGUUUUCCAGUGGACCACCCUAACCGGAAUUUCUCAACCAUACCUUCCAGCUUGCCAAUAACCUGUCACAUCUGCCAAAAAAGUUAUAGUAACAAAGGAACGUUCAGAGCCCAUUACAAAACUGUGCACCUACGUCAGUUGCACAAAUGCAAAAUCCCAGGCUGUAACACAAUGUUUUCUUCCGUUCGCAGCAGAAACCGGCACAGCCAAAAUCCCAACUUACACAAGAGCUUGAGCAGGUCAACCCACAGCCCCCUGUAA